GAGCGCUCAGCGGGGGUCAGCUGGCAGCGGCUGACAGUUGGCUGGGCUUGGGGUAAGGCAGCUGCGGAAGGCUGUGACACCCCGGCUGGGCGACGGUCGUCGGGACUCCAUGGUUGAGCCUCCCAGUUACGUAUGAGACCACAGUCCUCUCCGAGCCCCCUGCAUCCCGCUUCCUGUGUCCUCCUCUCCCAGUCUGCUGUCCGCCUGGUCCCCAUUUCGGGUUCUGGACGCAGUUAUGGUCUCCCGACCUGCUACAGAGCCUUCCUUAUCUCCUCUGAGCCUGAUGCAUCCGGGAUCUGGUUGUGGAAUGGGCUCCAUUCACCACUACCCCUCCCUAGUCCCUCACAGCUGCAGAGUCUGUGAGCGCAAGUAUGCAAGGGCCUUGAAUAAUGUAUCUCCAAAGUGUCCAGCAAGGGGAAACUAUCGGGGACCUACCUCAUGUGGGCAACCUCACCCUGAGUCUGGACCCCGGUGUGGGCGCCUCAGAGACAGGCGUAGUGACAGUGACAGCUAUAGGGACGGUGGACCACAGACUAGUGGACUUUUCUUCCCCGUUCAGCGGCAGCGCAGCGUCCCCUACUUCCAAACGCCCUUCACAAUGCAUUCCAUCACUGACACUUGUCCAACACUGUGUAAGCGUUGCACUUGAUUGUCUCCGCAGCCAGUUCCAUCCUCCUGGAACAACCUUGGCGCCGGUUUUGCGAAUGCCAAAUUCACGGCGCUGCCCAAGCGGAGCUGCUAUCUGAAUUCUCCGUGGAUGUGGCAAAGGGGAAUGAACGCUAAAGGUGCUGCCGGAAGUGUCCGACCUAGAGAAAUAUGUAGACGGGAGACCUUUUUCCUUCCUAGCCACACAGCGGUGAACUCCAGAUCCCAAGGCAGCGGUCCUUAACCUUCCUAAUGCUGUGACCUGAUACUACAGUGCUUCAUGUUGUGGGGACCUCCAACCAUACAGUUGUUUUCCUUGCUACUUUAUAAAUCCUCCAGCAUGGACUUCCUGAGUCUCUUCCUGUUCUACGUGGUCUUCUUACUGAUUUCUGUUGUCAUGAUCUGCAUCGUCACAAAAAACCAGCGGUUGAAAGCUGUGGCCCUGGGAGCAGCACAGCUGUGCUCCUGUGUAACCCCACAGUGCCUCCAGAGGGCCGUGCAGAUGCUUCUCCAUCAGCUCUUCCACACACGCCACCCCACCUUCGUUGUCUUGCACCUGCUCCUGCAAGGCCUGGUUUACGUGGAAUACACCUGCGAAGUCUUUGGCUACUGCCAGGAGCUGGAGUUCUCUCUGCCUUACCUUCUCCUGCCCUAUCUGCUGCUGAGUGUGAACCUGGUGUUCUUCACCCUGACUUGUGCCGCCAAUCCUGGCACCAUCACUAAAGCAAAUGAAUCAUUACUUCUGCAUGUCUAUAAAUUCGAUGACGUGAUGUUUCCAAAGAACUCGAGGUGUUCCACUUGCGAUUUAAGGAAGCCAGCCCGCUCCAAGCACUGCAGGGUGUGUGACCGGUGUGUGCACCGUUUUGACCAUCACUGUGUUUGGGUGAACAACUGCAUCGGGGCCUGGAACACCAGGUACUUCCUCAUCUACCUCCUGACACUGAUGGCGUCUGCUGCCACCAUAGCCAUUGUGACUGCCGCUUUUCUGCUCCGCCUGGUGGCAGUGUCGGAUCUCUACCAGGAAACUUACCUUGAUGACUUGGGGCAUUUCCAGGCUGUGGACACAGUCUUUCUUAUUCAGCACCUGUUCCUGGCUUUUCCAAGGAUCAUCUUCCUGUUGGGCUUUGUCAUCAUUCUGAGCUUGCUCCUGGCUGGCUACCUGUGCUUUGCUCUGUACCUGGCUGCCACCAACCAGACCACAAAUGAAUGGUAUAGAGGCGACUGGGCCUGGUGCCAGCACUGGCCUCUGGUGGCCUGGUCCCCAUCAGCCGAGCCCCAGAUCCACCAGAACAUUCACUCCCAUGGGUUUUGGAGCAACCUUCGAGAGAUCUUUCUACCUGCUACCCCCAGUUACAAGAGAAAGAAGAAGUAGCACGGGAAGUGGCCUGCCUUUUGAAUACAGUACAUAUCUAUUUGUA